CUUUUCGUGUACGCACGUGUUCUUGAAUACAAAAAAAACAUAACGUAGUUUUAUUACUUAAAUUUUAAACGAUAUCAAAUUAGACCUUUAAAUUUAAAUGAAUAAAAUGGACUUGAGUACUAGUGAUAGUGAUGGCAGUGGUGAUGAUUGGGAUGAACUGAAUGAAGAUGAAUUGGUAAAUGUCAGUUGUUUAUUUUGCAGUGAUGAAUUUCGGGGUUAUGAUGAGGCUUUGAAUCACCUCAAGUUACAACAUCUAUUCGAUAUGCCAAAAUUAAUAAAAGAUUAUCAGCUAGAUGAUUAUUCUUUUAGAAAAUUUAUUAACUUUGUCAGACGGCAUAAAUUAAUGCCAAAUGAUAUUGGGUCAGUAAAAAAUGAUGCAUGGAACAAUGACGAAUAUCUAACGCCGAUUAUUCCAGACGAUGCCUGGUUGAUGUUCGAUAUUGAAGAAUUGGACGACAACUUAAUAACGAACCAACGUACUAUUGACGUUAUUGAAGAAGUCAAUGAGCCAAAUACGUCAAGAAAGAGUGAAAAAUUGAACUCUUAUCCAGUUAACGCUGAAAAUGGCUGUGUUACGUUGUCAGAACAACAUUUUGUUGAGUUACAAAAAACUAUCAAAGAAUUGAAGUCGCAAAUUAAGCAGCGCGAAGCAGCGUAUUGUUUUGCCAAAGAGCAAAUCGAAGAAAUGCAAAAAAAAAUUCAAAAUAUCAUUAUUGAUGAUGAUGUAGACACACCUAAAAGACAAUUGAAUAAUAAGGGAGUUAUUAAUGACGAGGGUUACUUUAAUACUUACAGUCAUUUUGCUAUUCAUCACGAAAUGUUAACGGAUACAGUAAGAACGGAAAGUUAUCGUGAUGCACUUUUGACAAAUUCUCAUUUAUUUAAUAAUUGUACUAUGCUAGAUGUCGGUUGUGGCACUGGUAUUUUAUCAAUGUUUGCUGCUAAAUCAGGAUGUAAAAAAAUAAUAAGUGUCGAUCAAUCUGAUGUUAUUUAUCAUGCAAUGGACAUUGUCAGAGAAAAUAAUUUAAGUGACAUUAUUGAAUUGAAAAAAGGACGACUGGAAGAUAUUGAUCUUGGGGUUGAUAAAGUCGAUGCCAUUGUAUCAGAAUGGAUGGGAUAUUUCCUAUUAUUUGAAGGAAUGUUAGAUACAGUUAUAUACGCACGUGAUCAUCAUUUAAAACCCGGUGGUAAAUUGUUACCCAAUCGUUGCACAUUAAGUAUCGUAGGAAGUGGUGAUACAAAACGUUACAUUGAUCUAGUAGAUUACUGGUCAAAUGUAUAUGGCUUUAAAAUGAGUUGUAUGAAAGCCAAAGUUGUAAAAGAACCAAGCAUAGAAAUUUGUAAUGUUAAUGAUAUUGUUACAAAUGUAGCUUUGAUUCAAGAUUUUGAUCUUUAUACAGUUGAUACUAAUUAUAUGAAUUUCACUGCACCGUUUUCAUUCACUGUGAAGAAAACGGGCUCACUGACAGCUAUCGUUGGCUAUUUUGAUACUUUCUUUGAUCUUGAGAAUCCAAUAAAAUUCAGCACAGGGCCGCAUAGUCAGCCAACUCAUUGGAAACAAACAGUUUUUUCCCUCAGUGAACCAAUCAGCAUUACCGAAGAUGAAAUAAUCGAUGGAAAAUUGAUCUGUCAACGACACCCAAAAGAUAAUCGUGCGUUAAUAAUAACUAUUACAAUUAAAAACCAUAGUCAAGUAUAUUAUCUUGAUUAGAUAU